CACGAAUCGUCAAGGCUACCUUACCGAUGUAAUUAGUCAAGAAUCUCCAUACCAGCUUGAGCUGUGCUCUGAACCUGUGUGGCAUCCCAACAAUCGCUAGAAAAUCUCCAAGCCGUGUUGCUGAAGUUGCUGAAGAUGCUGAAGAUGGUCUGAUGCAAUAUCGCGUCUUCCAAACUAAGCCACUUCCAGCUGCAGCUGGUCCACUUCACAAGAAGAUGCGCUCAGAAUCCCCUUGAAAAAAGUCGGUCUGCCACCAACAAGAGACGACCCUGCCGUCGGGAAGCUGUUGCUGGCUCUAUCCACUCUUACCCGCGCGUCACCCUGCUCUGCUCCAUCGAACAACCACAUCAGACACCUGUAUGACGCGUCGAAAUGUUUGAGGUGCGUCAAAUGGAACCGACAUGGGCCUUUUAAUUCUGGUCCCACGAUGACAUGUCGCCGGUCGCAUGCUGAUUCCAAUGACUACGCACAGCGUCGCGCGGCAGAUCGCUACCGCCUGCGAAUGCACCGGGCCCGCACGGUGGCACUCACCUCCGAUGAGAUCGUGGAAGUCCGCGCCGCCCAGCGCACCUUCGAAGGCGCCUACGUCCGCACCGCUCUCUCACAGUUCUCCUUCGCCCUCGUCGUCCUGAAGAUCUUCACCAGCGAGUUUUACAGCACGGGCGCGUUGUUCGCCAUCUACGGCACCGGCGUGCUCAUGAUCGGCCUCUACCGCCGCCAGCAGGGUAACAAGCAGUUCUUUUCGGAGCUCGGGGAGGAUGGGAUCAACCGGCACAAAUUUCGGACCAGUGGGAAUGCGGUCUUGAUCCUUACGGCCCUGAGUAUCGGGGCGUAUGCUACACUGAUCGGGCUUACGUUGAGGCUGGACCAUUAG